AUGUGCAUACAAGCGUCAAAGUCGUUCGCUCAAUCAGACCUUUGGUUGUUCAGUUUAUAUAUCAUCGGAACGUUUGAAUGUGUUUUUUGGUUGUUUAAUGCGUUUUUAAUCAUCAUUGAGCUCUAUGAUUUUCCUUCCAUUGAUAAAUAUCGUAUACAAAAACAUAAGAAGAAAUUACGUUUUCAACCCGACUUAGUCAACCUAAUGAUCAAGGAAACUCUUCGUCAUCAAAUAUCCACAAUUCUUCUUACGCCAGUGCUCUUCUACCUUUUGAAUUACUUCGGUCAUCUCGAUAUUCAUGGAUCUCGACCGUCAUGGUCAACGAUAAUCUAUCAAUUGACACUUUUUAUUCUCGCCGAAGAUGCCAUCUUCUUCUGGACACAUUAUUUAUUUCAUACGCCAUGGCUAUAUAAGGCUGUACAUAAAAAGCACCAUGUGUACACCCAACCGACUGGUGUUGUUUCGGUUCUAAGUGAUCCAUGGGAAGGACAAACACUUGUUUACGUUAUGCCUUUGGAUUGUGAUACGCGUUUAUCAAACAGUCAAUGCACAUUCAGGACAUGA